AGAUUGCAAUGCUUUUGCAGCUUGACUGUUAACGCUGCAUUAGAUCUGUUUGGUUUGGUGCCGGUAAGCGUUUUGUUUAUAUUUGUUAUAGGACGAAAAUUCAUCAGAGUUGUUUUCAUUUACGGUUAAACUUCGUUGGGAGCUGAAAUAUUAGAAUACAUAAUUCUUCAAAAUGGUGGAAGCAAAUCAGUCCAAUCUGACAGAAGACGAAGCUGACCUGUACGAUAGACAAAUACGACUGUGGGGUCUGGAUUCUCAGAAGCGACUUCGAGCAUCCACCGUUCUUCUUAUCGGUCUCAAAGGCCUAGGUGCAGAGUUCUGCAAGAACGUAAUCCUUGCAGGAAUAAAAGCUAUCACUCUUAUGGAUGAUGGCGAUUCAACACAAGAAGAUGCUUUCUAUCAGUUUCUCAUUCCUCGAGACCAAAUAGGAAAAAAUCGGGCUGCUGCUUCCCACCUAAGAGCUCAACGCUUGAACCCAAUGGUGGAUGUGAAAGUUGACAAGGAAGGCAUCGACAAAAAACCGGAUGAAUUUUUUACUCUGUUUAAUGUUGUAGUGGCAACAGAUUGUAAUCUAGAGCAGCUCCUUAGAAUCAAUAAAAUCUGUCACAAAGCAAAUGUAAAAUUCUACUGUGCUGAUGUGUUUGGCUUUUAUGGCUACUUGUUCGCUGACCUGCAAACACAUGAAUAUGGGGAGGAGAAGAAUGUGGCGAGGAAUGUGGCUAAAGAGACUGGCAAUAAGAAACAGAAACUAGAAGAUGUUGAGUUUGUUAAAGUCACAGUCAAGGACACACUGCAGUAUUCCCCGCUGCAAGAUAGUUUGGAAGUCACUGAGAAAAUCAAAGAAAUGCCAGCCAGAAAAGCUGCUGACACAAUUCCAUUCUUCCUUUUGAAGGUUCUGUUGAAGUUUAGAGCAGAGCAAGGACGAAACCCGCAAGCAUCUUCACGAGUAGAGGAUCUUGAGCUGCUUAAAAAACUUCGUGAUUCUGAAAUGAAAGACAUUGGCUUAAGUGCAGAAAAGGUUCCUGAUGAGUAUCUCUCAUCUGUAUUUUCACAAGUGAGUCCAAUUUGUGCCAUCUUGGGAGGAGUGUUGGCUCAUGAGGUCAUCAAGACUUUGUCUCAGAAGGGAGAACCUCACAACAACUUUUUCUUUUUUAAUCCAGUCAGAAACCACGGCAUUGUUAUUAAAAACUGUUGAGGUUGUGAUUUUAUACUACAAUUACAUUUUAGUUUUAAAAAUCAACUACACAAGCUAGUACAAGGUUUUUUUUUAUUCAACUGUGUUGAUGUGAAUAUAAUUUUCAGUGAGUGUAAAAUACAUUAAUUAUUUUAUAAGCAAAUUGUAAAAUAAGUAAUGAAAUCAGUAGGAGUAUAUUGAAAAUCAUUUUGUACUCAGCUUGAUUUAUUGUCUUCACAACUCAUUUUAAAAACUAUUGUCUUGUUCAUUGUUUUGUCAAUACAUUUUUAUCAAA